AUGUCACAAGACGAAGACCUGGUAGGCGAACCGCCCGCUUCAAUCAAUCCAUAUGAAGUCCUCGAAGUCGACGAAAAGGCAACAGCAGACGAGAUUAAGAGCGCAUAUAGGAAGAAGGCUUUGAAACAUCAUCCAGAUAAGGCUCUACCAGAUCAAAAAGAAGACGCAAAGCAAAAAUUCCAACAUGUCGCAUUCGCAUACGCCAUCCUUUCCGACGAGCGUCGCCGCCGCCGUUACGAUCUCACGGGCAACACAUCCGAAUCCCUAGACCUAGAAGACGAUGACUUUAACUGGACCGAAUUCUACCAGGAGCAGUUCUCGGGACUAGUGGACGUAUCGGCCAUUGAGAAAAUCAAAAAGGAAUAUCAAAACACGGAAGAAGAGCGGAACGAUCUUUUAGCUGCUUUUGAGCAGUUUAAAGGUGAUUUAGACAGGGUUUAUGAGGUUGUUAUGCUCAGCAGCGUGUUGGAGGAUGAUGAGCGGUUCCGAGCGAUAAUCGACAAGGCUAUUGCCGAUGGGGAAGUGAAAGGGUGGAAGAAAUAUACAGAGGAGUCCGAGAGUAAACGUCAAAAACGAUUGAAGCGCGCACAGGAAGAGGCGGCCGAAGCCGAGGAGGCGGCUAAAGAGAUUGACGAGAAGAAUAAGGCAAAGGGCAAGAAGAAGAAGAGCAAACCUAGCAAGGAAGAUGAUAAUGCCCUUGCGGCUCUGAUUCAGCAACGUCAAAAGUCUCGUGCUGCCAACUUUUUCGAUGAUCUCGAAGCCAAAUAUGCACCGAAAAGCGCGGGAAAGAGCAAAAAGCGUUCUGCGGCGGAUGAGCCGCCUGAGGAGGCAUUUGCGGCUGUUGGGGCACGGAAGAGCUCUGGGACAGGGAAAGGCAGCAGCACUAAGCGCUCCAAGGCUUGA